AUGACCGAGCAGGCGGCACCGAAGAUUGUGGUCGUUGGCGGGGGACCAACCGGCUUGGGGGCGGCGGUGCGUCUCACUGAGCUCGGCCACAAGAAUUGGCACCUGUACGAGUGCAACGAGGUUCCAGGUGGUUUGUCGCGCAGCUUCGUGGAUGAGAAGGGGUUUACCUGGGACUUGGGCGGGCACGUUAUCUUUUCUCACUACCAAUACUUUGACGACGUCAUGGAUUGGGCGGUGCAGGACUGGAAUGUCCUGGAGCGUGAGUCGUGGGUCUGGGCGCGGGGACGGUGGGUCCCCUAUCCGUUUCAGAACAAUAUCCACCGCUUACCGGAGCCGGACAUGAAACACUGCUUUGAUGAAUUGGUGAAGUCACAGGCGCAGAUCCACACGAAGCCGCCACGCAACUUUGAGGAAUCUUUUACCCGGCAGUUUGGGGAGGGAAUUGCGGAUGUUUUUAUGAGACCGUACAAUUUUAAGGUCUGGGCUGUGCCACCGCGUUUGAUGAGCACGGAGUGGAUUGGGGAACGCGUUGCCCCCGUUGACGUGGAGCGCAUACGCCUUAAUAUUAAAGAGAACCACGACGAUGUGGGUUGGGGACCCAAUGCCACGUUUCGAUUCCCUCAGCGUGGGGGGACGGGGGGCAUUUAUCAAGCCAUUAAGGCAAAGCUUCCGUCGGAGCGAGUGAAGUGCAGUGCGGGGUUUAGAAUGACGGCGAUUGAUGCCGAUGCGAAGACUGUUACAUUUUCCAAUGGAGAGGUGGUGAGUUACGACUGCCUUAUUUCCACGGUCCCCUACAGCGACCUCCUGCGCAUGACGAAAGGCACCGGUUUCAACAACUAUGAGGAGUGGACUGACAUUGCAGACAAGAUGGUGUACAGCUCAACAAAUGUUAUUGGUAUCGGUUUGAAAGGCACACCACCACCACAGCUGCGAACAGCCUGCUGGUUAUACUUCCCUGAGGAUACCUCUCCGUUUUACCGUGCGACGGUGUUUUCAAACUAUUCAAAGUACAACGCCCCCGAGGAGCAUUGGAGUCUCAUGCUUGAGGUGAGCGAGAGCAGCUACAAACCUGUAAACCAUAACUCACUUAUUGACGACUGUAUUGCCGGCUGCCUGGACUCCGAUUUGCUCUCUCCGGAGGAUGUGAUUGUGAGCAAGUGGCAGUAUAGAAUCGAAAAGGGGUAUCCCACACCUUUUAUUGGGCGAAAUGAUUUGCUUGAGCGGGCGCUACCACAGCUGAAGUCCCGUGGCAUAUACUCCCGCGGGCGUUUCGGGGCCUGGCGCUACGAGGUCGGCAACCAGGAUCACUCCCUCAUGCAGGGGGUUGAGGCGGUCAAUCAUGCACUCGGCCUCGUCAGUGAGGAGGUAACAGUCACAAGUCCAUGUAAAGUAAACAGUACGCGUGCAACCACCUCCUGCAAGCUUUUGGAAAGGAAAAUGUGA